AUGCCUCCGCCGCCGCACACCCGUCCCGAAAAUGUGCUGAAGCGCGCGCAAGAACUGAUCGGGGUCGGCCAGCAACAGGCCGCUCUGUCCAUCUUACACGAACAUGUCACCUCCAAGAGAACGCGCAACAGCACCAUCGCGGCCCUCGAGCCGGUGAUGUUACUGUUUGUCGAGCUAUGUGUUGAGCUGCGAAAAGGAAAAUCAGCCAAAGAUGGCCUGUACAACUACAAGAACACUAGCCAGAACACAAAUGUCGCCACGAUCGAGUUGGUCUUCCGCCGCUUCAUCGAGCUGGCAGAGCAAAAGGUCGCUGAAGCGCAGGCCAAGGCCGAUGAGGUUUCCGCACAGGGCACCACGGCUGAGUCUGCGGAUGCCUCGCUUGCCAACGUUACCGACUUGGAGGCUAUGGAAACACCCGAAUCCAUCUUGCUCUCUACAGUGUCUGGUGAACAAUCCAAGGACCGGACUGACCGGGCAAUUGUCACUCCGUGGCUAAAGUUUCUCUGGGAGACUUACCGCACGGUCCUCGAUAUCUUCAAGAACAAUGCUCGCCUGGAGGUCAUGUACCAAACCACAGCUCACCAGGCAUUCCAAUUCUGUCUGAAAUACACCCGCAAGACUGAGUUCCGUCGCCUUUGUGAACUUCUGCGAAACCACCUGCAGACCGCUGCCAAGUACUCACAGCAGGUGCAUGCUAUCAACCUCAGCGAUCCCGACACCCUACAACGUCAUCUCGACACCCGCUUUAUGCAACUCAAUGUCGCCGUUGAGCUUGAGUUGUGGCAGGAGGCUUUCAAGAGUGUCGAAGACAUCCACACUCUGCUCAGUCUUUCCCGGAGACAGCCAAAGAACUCAAUGAUGGCCAACUACUACGAGAAGCUCACACGUAUCUUCCUCGUCAGCGAGAACUACCUCUUCCAUGCCGCAGCAUACAGCCGAUACUACAGCCUGCUCAUCGCUUCUUCGCGCCAAGUCGCCGCCGGAGCAAGCAAGAAGGAUAAUCCCACCAACAUCAGCGAUGCCGAUCUCUCCAAGGCCUCUUCAUUUGUUCUCCUAUCCGCCCUCUCGAUCCCUGUGAUCAGCACUUCACGUUCUCGUGGAGCUUUGAUCGACGUCGAUGCUUCCCGCAGCACCAAGAACGCCCGCCUGACCAACUUGCUCGGCAUGAACACCCCACCAACUCGAUCGAUCCUGUUCAAGGACGCACUUAGCAAGGACAUCUUACAGCGCGCCCGCCCGGAGAUCCGCAACUUGUACAACAUACUGGAGGCAGAUUUCCACCCUAAAUCGAUCUGCGAGAAAGUCUCCCCUAUUCUUUCGCAGAUCGGCGCAGAUGAGGAGAUGAAGAAGUAUGUCUUGCCACUGCAGCAAGUCAUUCUCACCCGCCUCUUCCAGCAAUUGUCCCAGGUCUACACAGACGUGAAGCUGGAAGACGUGCUUGCCCUUGCCCAGUUCCCUGAUCCCUUCCAAGUUGACGCCGCUACUAUCGAGAAAUUCAUCAUGAAUGGCUGCAAGAAGGGCGACCUCUCCAUCCGCAUCGACCAUUCGACAGGUAUCCUGACUUUCGACUCUGAUGUCUUCUCAUCUGCCAAGGCUAUGCAUCCUGGCUCUGGCGCUGGAUCCGCCGAAGUCGAUGCCGGCUCUGUACAGCGCUUGCAGAGCACUCCUGCAGAGAUCGUGCGCUCUCAGCUCACUCGUCUCUCUAAGUCUCUAUACAUUGCCGUGCAAUAUGUGGAUCCAUCCUUCAAUGAGGAUCGCCAGAAGGCAAGACUCGCCGCUCUCAAGCGCGCCGAGGCUGGGGCAGAAAAAGAGCACGCGGAGCUCAUCGCUCGCCGAGAGAUCAUUCAAAAGAAGAAGGAAGAAGCUGCGAAUGCUCAACUUACCCGUCAGCGCGAGGAGGAGCAGAAGAGGAAGGCUCGUCAGCAAGAACUGCAGGCCGCAGAGACCGCACGAUUGGCACAGGAGACGAAGGAGCGUGAGGAGCGUCGUCUCCAGGCCGAGCGAAAGCGUGUUCAACGCGAGGAAGCUGAGAAGCAAUUGAACGAACUCAAGAAGGGUGUCAAGGGUGUCGACAUCUCCGGUAUCGACAUUGAUGAGCUUGAUACAGGUCGCAUUCGAAUGCUCAAGCUGCAAGCCCUGGAACGAGAGAAGAACGAAGUGGGAGAGAAGCUUCGUGUAGCGGGCAAGCGCAUUGAUCACUUGGAACGUGCAUACCGCAAGGAAGAAAUCAAGCAUCUCGGCGAAGAUUACGAGAUGCAACGCGAGCGCGACUUGAAGGCUUACGAAGAGAGCAAGGCGGAGACUCUACACAACGCCGAGACGAAGCACAAGGAGGAAGUUGCCCUAAAGCAUCGUCUCAGCAGACUUGUGCCACAGUAUGAAUCCUUCAAGCGUACCAUUACUGAGCAGCGCCACGCCGACUUCGAAAAGCGCCGCAAGGCCGCUGAGCGCGAGCUCAAUGCACAAAUGGACAAGCGUCGUCGGGAGGUCCGCGAGCGGAAGGCGGCUGAGAAGCGCAGAGUGCAAGAAGAGGAACGCAGACACCGUGAAGAGGAGGAGCGUAUGCGACAGGAAGAAGAACAGGCCGCUCUGGAGGCGGAGGAGAAGCGAGUCAAGGACGAGCAGGCCAAGAAGGAGGCCGAACUGCGCAGACAGGAGCGCGCAGAGGCAGCCCGGAAGCAGAUGGAGCGCGAGGAAGAAGCUGAGCGGAGACGCAUGGAGCGCAAACAAGGUGGUGGUGCUGCUGCUUCUGCUGCCCCAUCGAGAUCAGACCGCCCUGCCGAACCGUCAGUCUCUGCUGGCGGUCCUCCACGCUUGAACCUCACCGGAGCCAAGUCCAGCUGGCGUGACCGUGAAGCCGGUAAGGCUGCCGGCGGAGCGCCCGCCGCGGCCACUGCUCCCCCGGCUGCUGCUCCCUCGGCCGACGAGCGCGUGGCCACUGACGAAGCCGCUGCGCCCAGGAAGACUGGUUACGUGCCUCCUGCGCUCCGUGGAAAGGCUCCUGGCGCAGACUCAGCCCCUCCAGCGCCAUCAGAGCGAACCGAGCGUUGGCAGUCGCGACGCCGUGAGGGCGAGGGAGAUAAGAUGGACGCCCCCCGCGGCGGCGAGCGGUGGCAGUCAUCUCGCCGUCGUGAAGGCGAAGGUGAGCGGAGCGACACCCCACCAGCACCGCGUGCUGGAGGUGCCUAUCGUCCUCCUGGUGCCCGUGAAGGCGGUAGCAGUGGAGGCGCCUACAGACCUCCUGGAGCUCGCUAG